AUGGCCAGAAGUCCGUUGCAGAUGAUGACUCUGCUUUUAGGCCCACCUGGGUCAGGCAAGACCACCUUGUUGCUGGCAUUGGCUGGAAGGCUUGAUAAAGACCUCAAGGUUUCCGGAAGGGUUACCUACAAUGGGCAUAGCAUGGAUGAGUUUGUGCUAGAGAGGACGUCUGCAUACAUCCGCCAGCAUGACCUUCACAUCCCAGAGCUGACCAUUAGAGAGACGCUUGCUUUCUCUGCACGGUGCCAGGGUGUCGGUGCUCGAUUUGAUAUGCUCUCGGAGCUGCUGAGGCGCCAGAAGGAAGCACACAUCAUACCUGAUGCUGACAUCGACGCAUUUAUGAAGGCGUCUGCUAUCGAGGGAGAAGAGGCCAACGUUGUAACUGAUUAUGUACUGAAGAUUCUAGGACUUGAGAUAUGUGCAGAUACAAUUGUAGGGGAUGAGAUGCGGAGAGGCAUCUCUGGUGGACAACGGAAGCGCGUCACAACAGGUUACAUGUUUUGA